AUGAACGAACAUCUACGAAAGAUAUCAAAUAAAGAGCUUCAUACACACUAUCUUGGCAAAGAUAUACAAAAUGAACUUAUUCAACUGUUAGGAAAUGCUAUUAAGAAAGAAAUCAUACAAACAGCAAAUGCAAUGAAAUAUUUUUCAAUAGUUCUCGAUGGUACUCCUGACUGUAGCCAUGUUGAGCAAAUGACAAUAAUUAUUCGUUUUGUUAAAGUUGAUUCAUUGAAAAAGGAGUUUAGUAUCAAAGAACAUUUUUUAGGCUUUGUACCUUUAAAGAAAACAACUGGAGCCUAUAUGGCAGAAACGAUAAUACAACAACUAGAAGAAAUGGAGUUACCUAUUGAUAAUUUACGUGGCCAAGGCUACGAUAAUGGCGCAAAUAUGAUAGGCAAAAAUAAUGGUGUUUAA